AGAACACCGGCUGAGAGCGAGUCGGUCUACAGAACGGCGCAGAAGCACGUUAAAGCUCAUCCUCGGAGAAAGCGGCCUUUCUUUCAAAGCGAAUGGCUGAGACUCAGAAGAAGUUUGAUUUUGCCAUCGACCGUGGAGGGACCUUCACUGAUGUUUUCGCUCAUUUGCCGGACGGUAGAGAGCGGGUCCUCAAACUACUCUCACACGACCCCCAGAACUACAAGGAUGCACCCACUGAGGGCAUCCGUCGUGUACUGGAACAGGAAACAGGCCGCAGUUUCCCAAGGGAGCAGCCUGUGGACUCCUCUCUGAUUGGAUGGAUCAGAAUGGGCACCACAGUGGCCACUAAUGCACUACUGGAGCGGCAGGGUGAGCGGACCGCUCUGCUGGUGACCCGCGGGUUCAAAGACUUGCUGCACAUCGGCACUCAGGCCAGACCCAACCUGUUCGAUCUGCGGGUGUGUAUGCCGGACGUUCUUUAUGAGGAGGUCAUUGAAGUGGAUGAGAGAGUUGUCCUGAGACAAGAUGGAUGCCAGCUGUCCAGGGAAGAGCCUAAACGUAUAGUCACAGGCAGUACAGGGGAGAGUCUGGAGGUCUGGCAGGAGUUGGAUUUGCACCGGGUGGAGAGAGAUUUGAAGGCAGUUUUGUCCCGUGGAAUCACAAGUCUGGCUGUGCUGCUGCUGCACUCCUACAUAUGGCCGGCCCAUGAGAAGGCUGUGGGAUCGUUGGCAUGGCGACUUGGGUUCACCCAGGUGUCUCUGUCUAGUGAGGUUAUGCCCAUGAUCAGAGCAGUACCCCGCGGGUACACAGUGUGUGCAGAUGCUUAUCUCACCCCAAAAAUACACCAGUACCUCAGUGGAUUCACCUCUGGCUUCAAGGGGGGACUGAAGGAUGUGGACGUGUUGUUUAUGCAGUCUGAUGGAGGCCUGACCCCUAUGGAGCAGUUCAGUGGCUCGCGGGCGGUUCUCUCAGGUCCGGCUGGAGGAGUGGUGGGAUAUGCAGUCACUUCCUACAGUUCUACUGAGAAGAAGCCUGUCAUUGGAUUUGACAUGGGAGGCACGUCCACAGAUGUUAGCCGCUACGCUGGGCAGUAUGAACAUGUGUUUGAAGCUACUACAGCUGGAGUCACACUGCAGGCGCCUCAGCUGGACAUCAACACUGUGGCGGCAGGAGGAGGCUCACGCUUGUUCUUUAGGUCAGGGAUGUUUGUUGUUGGUCCUGAAUCUGCUGGAGCUCACCCAGGUCCUGCCUGCUACAGAAAAGGGGGCCCUCUCACAGUCACUGAUGCUAAUCUGGCCCUCGGUCGACUGCUACCCGACUUCUUCCCUCACAUCUUCGGCCCUGGAGAGAACGAGCCGCUCUCCACAGAGGAAACAAUGAAGGGGUUUCAGCAGCUCACCCAGGACAUCAACCACUUCCUGUCCAGCAGCCAAUCAGAACACGGAGCCAGCCAGAAAAAGGGCAAAUCGGAAAUGAGCUUGGAGGAGGUCGCCAUGGGAUUCAUCAGAGUUGCGAAUGAGGCCAUGUGUCGGCCAAUCAGAGCACUUACUCAGGCUAAGGGUCACGAUACAUCUCAGCAUGUGCUGGCAUGUUUCGGAGGAGCUGGGGGUCAGCAUGCCUGUGCCAUCGCAAGAGCUUUGGGCAUGAAAACUGUCUUCAUACACAAGUACAGUGGAGUCCUGUCAGCGUAUGGUUUAGCACUGGCUGAUGUGGUAGAGGAGGCUCAGGAGCCGUGUUCUCUGCAGUAUAAAGAGGAUUCUUACUCUGAGCUGGAUCGCAGGAUACAGGAGCUCACCCAGCGCUGCCAGAACACACUGCAACAACGAGGCUUCAGCUGUUCUCAGAUCAGUACGGAGGUGUUUCUACACAUGCGAUAUGAGGGAACGGACUGUGCUCUCAUGGUCAAUGCCAGUGGCUACCCCGGGCAUGCUCAGUCCUGUCAGGCCGGAGACUUCCGCACCUCUUUUACCAAACGAUAUCUGAAGGAGUUUGGCUUUACCAUUGCUGAUCGGCCUAUAGUGGUAGAUGACAUCCGUGUGCGAGGGUCGGGGAAAUCUGGCAUUAAGUCAGUAACCAUAGCCAAAAAAGGGCAUGACUCCUCAAAACCAACAAAGGUUACCAAGUGUUACUUCGAGGAGGGAUAUCUGGACACCAGUGUGUACAUGUGGGAUGAUUUGACAUGUGGCUACAGCAUUGAGGGACCAGCUAUAAUCAUUGAUAAGAACAGCACCAUCCUGGUGGAGCCGGGCUGUUCUGCACAGCUGACUGAGAGUGGAGACAUGUGUGUUGCUGUGGGAACAGACAGCCAUUGUGUGUUGGGGACUGAACUGAACACAGUGCAGCUGUCCAUCUUCUCCCAUCGCUUCAUGAGUAUAGCAGAGCAGAUGGGCCGCGUGUUGCAGAGGACGUCCAUCUCCACGAACAUUAAGGAGCGUCUGGAUUUCUCCUGUGCAGUGUUUGGGCCUGAUGGAGGUUUAGUUUCUAAUGCUCCACACAUACCUGUCCAUCUUGGAGCUAUGCAGGAGACUGUGCAGUACCAGUUAAAGGCUAUAGGCAGCAGCCUGAAGGAGGGUGAUGUAAUUCUGAGUAAUCACCCCUGCGCCGGGGGCAGUCACCUGCCUGACCUCACCGUCAUCACUCCGGUAUUUCAGCGAGGUGUGAGCAGGCCAGUGUUCUUUGUGGCCAGCAGGGGGCACCAUGCUGACAUAGGUGGUAUCACCCCAGGCUCUAUGCCCCCACACUCCACCUCUCUGCAGCAGGAGGGAGCCGUCUUCACCUCCUUUAAGCUUGUGACUGAAGGAGUCUUUCAGGAGAAGGCUGUCACCGAUGCCCUCAUGGCUCCGGCUCAGUACCCAGGAUGUUCUGGGACGCGCAAUCUCCACGACAACCUGUCAGACCUGCGAGCUCAGGUGGCAGCCAAUCAGAGAGGGAGCCAGCUGGUGGGGGAGUUGAUUGACUGUUAUGGACUGGCUGUGGUCCAGGCAUAUAUGGGUUACAUUCAGAGUAACGCAGAGCUAGCUGUUCGAGACAUGCUGAAAGAGUUUGCCCGUCGCCGCCGGCAACAGACUGGCUCCUUAGAAGUGGAGGCAGAAGAUCAGAUGGAUGAUGGAACACCAAUCAGAUUAAAAGUGCAGAUAAAUGAAGAGGAGGGCAGUGCAGUGUUUGAUUUCUCUGGAACAGGCACAGAAGUGUGGGGAAACUGCAAUGCCCCUCGUGCCAUCACUCUUUCUGCUCUGAUCUACUGUCUGCGCUGCAUGGUGGGACAGGAGAUUCCUCUCAACCAGGGCUGUCUAAACCCCAUCAAAGUCAUCAUUCCUCCCGGCUCCAUCCUGCAGCCUUCACAGAGCGCUGCAGUGGUGGGCGGUAAUGUUCUGACCUCUCAGAGAGUGGUGGACGUCAUCUUCAGAGCGUUUGAAGCCUGCGCUGCCUCUCAGGGCUGCAUGAACAACGUGUCGUUCGGCAGCGAGAAGAGCGGUUAUUAUGAGACUGUUGCUGGAGGAGCAGGGGCGGGACCAGGCUGGAAUGGGCGGAGCGGCGUCCACAGUCACAUGACCAACACCCGCAUUACUGACCCCGAGAUUCUGGAGAAGAGGUACCCGGUGGUCCUCCAGCAGUUUUCUCUCAGACCUGGUUCAGGAGGAGCAGGUCGUUUCCAAGGCGGGGAUGGGGUGAUCCGGAAACUCCUUUUUCGGAGUAAAAUGAUUUUAUCAGUGCUGACUGAGAGACGCUCUACACGACCUUAUGGUUUACAUGGGGGUGAGAGUGGAGCUGCUGGACUGAAUCUGCUGUACAGAGCUGACGGCCGAGUGUUAAACCUGGGAGCGAAAACCACUGUCAGCUUAGAACCAGGGGACGUGUUUUGUCUCCACACUCCUGGAGGAGGUGGCUAUGGAAGGGAGGAAGAUGAAACCGACAACCACCACAACCCCUCUAAGCGUCAGCGUCUGAAUGAAGCCUUCGCUGAGAGAGGGAGUGUGUUUGAGUACCGGCGUGCUCAGGAGAGUGUAUGAACCAUGAAGCAUGAACUCUUCUAGAACACGCUGCUUUCUAUUCUUUUAAAAAAAUAUAUUAGAUGUUAAUUAAACUUAUACGUUGUAAAAUAACUUGCACGUCACUUUAAAUAGUGCUGACUAAAGUUGUUAUGCAAGACCCACAAAUCUAAAUCGUGAUUGAUAAUUGCUCUCAUAUACAGUACAGGCCCAAAGUUUAAAUACCUUCUCAUUCAAUGCGUUUUCUUUUUAUGACUAUUUACAUUGUAGAUUCUCACUAAAGGCAUAAAAACUAUGAAUGAACACAUGUGGAGUUUUCUGUACUUAACAAAAAAAAUGACCCAGCCUCCACAGUCACCGGACCUGAACCCAAUCAGGAUGGUUUGGGGUGAGCUGGACCACAGAGUGAAGAAGGCAAAGGGGCAACACGUGCUAAACACCUCUGGGAACUCCUUCCUUCAAGACUGUUGGAAAACCAUUUCAGGUGACCACCUCUUGAAGCUCAUUGAGAGAAUGAUGCCAAGAGUGUGCAAAGCAGUAAACAGAGCAAAGGGCGGCUAUUUUGAAGAAACUAGAAUAUAAAACAUGUUUUCAGUUAUUUCACCUUUUUUUUGUUAAGUACAUAAAACUCCACAUGUGUUCAUUCAUAGUUUUGAUGCCUUCAGUGAGAAUCUACAACAUAAAUAGUUGAAAAAAAAGAGAAGGUGUAUCCAAACUUUUGGCCUGUACUGUAUUUGAAAAAUAUAAAGGUUUUUUUUUUAAAUAUAUUGUCCAGCCCUAAUUUUUUUUAUUAGAUUAACUCACUUAAAACAAGCGCAAUUCAGUUUGGAGUAAGUUAUUAAUUCUUAUAAUAAUACAAUAUUCACUUUAAUAUAAUAAGAAAUGUUAAGCAUUUGGACUACUUUUAAGAGAAUUUCACAUGUUAAAAAUAUAAUUUAUAAUGUUAUACAGUUAAUACAGGAGUGUCCAAACUACGGCCCGCGGGCCAUUUGCGGCCCGUUUCCUCUUUUGGAGCAGCCCCCGAGGUAUUUUAGAAAUAGAAUGAAAGUUGGCCCGCUGUUAAGCAGGUUUUUAUAAUGUGAGAUUCAAAGUUUGAACGCUAGGUGUCAGAAACGAGUCAAAGAGUCUAAAAGCGGAGAGAGUGCGCAUUUCUAGCGCAGAAAAACGGGGCAAAAGAGUCUAAAAGUGGAGAGGGUGCGCAUUUCUAGUGCAGAAAAACGGGGUAAAAGAGUCUAAAAGUGGAGAGGGUGCACAUUUCUAGCGCGGAAAAACGGGUCAAAGAUUCUAAAAGUGGAGAGAGUGCGCAUUUCUGGCGCAGAAAAAUGAGCCAAAGAGUCUAAAAGUGGAGAGAGUGCGCAUUUCUAGCGCAGAAAAAAAGGCCAAAGAGUCUAAAAGUUGCCGUAAGUAAGGAGUUUAAUAUUAAGAGACAUCAUUAAAUUAAACAUCAAUUUGAAAAAUCUUAGUUUACACAACACUGUCAAAGAUAAAGAUAGUAAGUCAAGUAAAAUGGUGUGUAAAUGAAAUAAUCAGGAAAAAAGUAUUAUUUAAAGUGGUAUAUUUCAUUAUUUGUUUUAUUACAGAGUUUGGCCCGUGACUUCAAAUAUAUUUCUCCUUCUGGCCCCCAACAAAAAAAGUUUGGACACCCCUGAGUUAAUACCACUAGAGCAACUCCAGUAUCCUUCAUCUUCAUCUUGCAUCUUGCUGAUUAUUAAAAAACAGCAGGAACUGGUACUGAACCAGUUCUAAAGCAUAUUCCUGCAGCUGCUACUAAAACAUCUACUAAUCUCCACUCACUGUAUGUUUUAUGUAAGGUAAUUGUCCUCAAAUGAAGGCUAAAUAAGAUGACGGCCUUUUACUACUCCAAGCUACUCCAGUAGGCUACCUCUAGUACUAGUCCUGUACUCUAACCUGAGCUGCUGUGUAAAUAGAGUAGAAUAGGAACCCAACGUCUCUACAUGAAGGAAACGGGUUCUGUGUACUGUAUUUUUACUCCACUGUAAACCAGCACAACUCCAGUAAAACAUACUGUAACAUAAUAAAAGUCUUUAGAAAGAAAAAAAAUUAAAAGGGUUCAAGUUUG